GCCCACUCCUCUCCCACGUCUUGAUUGGCCGUUUUGGCUGCAAUCCUCUUCAAUGAUUUCAAACCAAAGUAUUUGGACAAGGAGGAGGGGGUCCGCUGCUAAUUCCGAGCUAGCUGUGUGGAAAAGGUUUGAGUCCUCCGUCCACCGACUCACCAAAGCCUCAGCAGAGAGGCUUCAUCCGAGGAGCGUCGUUUACGGUGAAACGCACCGCCGCUGAGAAAAGUAGGCUUUUAUAUACAGAGAGAGGUAUCGCGUUUACUUCAAUGUUAGCCGUUUUAGUGUGAAACGAGAUUUAAUUUGCAUUCAGAUUUCUUGCUUUUUAUGUUUCCCAUCGUUUUGAAUGGAGCGAUGUCCAGCGGAGACGGCGCACAUUGCGAUAGGACGCGGUGUGUUGUGUUGACAGGACUCUGCAUCGGGGACCUGAUUGAAAAUCAAUUUUUAAAAAACAAAUCAUGUGCUUUCGUUAUUGACGGAAUGUGAGUAACCAUCACUUCUUUCCCAGAUCCAUAAAGGAUUUUCCUUUAAAAAAAUAUUGAGGGUAUUCAGUUCAUGCACAGGUUGUGCUACCAUCACGUUAAUAUUUUGCUCUUUUAUUAUUGGCUUUUGAAACAGGAUAUUAAAAUAGUACGAUGCUUUCAUACUUUGAACGAUGCAUUCUUAUUUGAACACAAUUCCGCAACUGAGGCUUGGUUAAUUGAGUUUCGACAGUUAAUUGCAAGCCACUCUUGAAACGAAUUGAGACUCUCAGCCAGGGCAGUCAUGGCUAAAAAUCCGUCCGAGGGGCCCCGUGAUGACCUGAGCCAGCUGACGGACGAGGAGCUGCUGCGGUGCAGCAAAGAGGAGAUGGUCCGGAGAUUAAGGAGGGUUGAGGGCGAGAAAAUGAACUUGAUGAUCGAGCAUGGCAACAUGAUGAAAGACAUCAACCGCCGGCUGCAGGUGCACCUGCACGAAAUCCGCAGCUUGAAGGAAAUCAACCAGAAGCUGCAGGACGACAACCAUGAGCUCCGGGAGCUCUGCUGCUUCCUGGACGAUGACCGACAGAAGGGCAAGAAGCUGUCCCGGGAGUGGCAGCGCUUUGGCCGCUAUACUGCCAGUGCCAUGUGGAAGGAGGUGGGCACCUACAUGAUGAAGCUGAAGGAGCUGGAGGCCAACCAGGAGACUGUGCUGAGGGAGAACUCAGAGCUGAAGGAGAUCAUCCUCAUGCUGGAUGAGGAUAGGAACGGAGCAGGUUCCAGGAGCUCCAUAGACAGUCAGUCCAGUUUGACCAACCUGAACGGGGGUACGGGCACGGUCAGGGAUGUCGGGGAUGGGAGUAGUACGUCCAGCACAGGUAGUGCUGGUAGUCCUGAUCACCACAACCACAUACACAAGCCCACCUCAGAGAACAGUAAGUUGGGCCCCACCAUGAGGAGGUCCAUGGACGACCUGUCAGCACCACACCAUCACAGGAGCAUCCCCAAUGGACUCAAUGAUUCCUCCUCCAACUACAUCAGGCAGCUGGAGACUAAAGUGCGGAUCCUGGAGGACGACAACAAUAAGCUUCUCUCUCAGGCUUAUAGCCGGUAUAGCUUAUCACAGAUACAGACGAAAAAGCAGUGCAACCCAGGUGACCUUCGUGCCCUGAGGAAGGGAAUGACCCUCUACCACUCAGAGUCCCAGCUGUCCUCGCUGCCGCAACGCCAGGAAGCCAUGCACAUGGGUACGGGCCGACUCCCAACCAGUGAGUCCUCUCCUGCCACAGGUUACCUGUCCUCCGUCCAGAAGCCUGAGGCUGUGGUGCAUGCCAUGAAGGUGCUGGAGGUCCACGAGAACUUGGACAAGCAGCUUCCCGAGGACUAUGAGGAUGAUCUCAGUGAGAAAGAGAAGGCCAUCGUGCGAGAGAUGUGCAACGUGGUGUGGAGAAAGCUGGGUGAUGCAGCGGGAUCAAAGCUGUCCAUCAGACAGCACCUCUCUGGGAACCAGUUCAAAGGGCCGCUGUAGCAUGGCAACCAGCGCGAGAGACAGAGAGAGAAAGAUCAGGAUCAACAGUACCUACACUCACCUGAAAACACCUCUUGCUAUCUGCGCCUACACAACCCAUCAUGCCGUGCUCCCUACUGCCUACACCACCCAGGAUUCUUUCUACAAACACUCUCUUAAGACUGGCUAAGAUAGCUACUAAAUGGACCUGUUAGUUCUGCCACUCACAUGUACAACGUUGCGUGUUCAACAGGUUUUUAUCUCUGAGCUUAUUCAGCGUUGACAACUGGCAGCUAGUUUCACACAGAUUCACCACUUUUCUUCAUUGAUUUGGAGGCUUUAGGCUACACAAUGAUCUCUCUCUGCAAACAGGAUACUCCAGGCUCAAAGCUAUUAAUUCACACCAUGUAUUGUCCUUUUUAGAGUAUAGCUGUGCUACAAUAAGUUAGCGACACAACAUGGUUUCAAGCACAGAACAGACGAGAAGGGGCAGAAAUCUCGUAGCAUGUUGCCGGGAUGUGAAGGUAACAUCGUGGUGGUAUCUUCAGAUAAGUUUUGAUAGUACCUCCUGUAGAGACCCUAGCUCCUGUCACAUAUAUCACUCCCCCUAGUGGUGAACGAGUAUAACUAGCAUUAGCAUUCUAAAGUGUUAACUAAGUGAAACCCACUGUGACCUAGCGCCUUUUGCUCAUAAGUCUAUGGAUAAUAAAGUCUAGAGAUCACUGUUAACUUGUGUAUAUUAUGUAUAAAACCAUAGCACUACUUCAUUGUUAUUGUUGAUUUUACUUUUAUCUAUUUUGUAAUUCUAGUGUGGCCAUGUGAUCAAUAAUUUAGUUUGAAAAGCACACACAACCGGACCCUAAACAGGGUUUGCUUUUGGUAUUAAAAUCCUUUUUUUGUUCCUUUUUUUUCUCUUUUUUAUUCUUUUCCAGAUGAAUUGCUAUUAUUCCUUCUCUCUGUAACCUCUGAAAAUGUAUUAAGGCCAUUCUAAAUCAAACCAUCUCAAUGAGUUAAUGGGUAGAACAAUUUUCUUACUUUGAAUUGUGAAAUUAACUAAAAAUUGUAUGCUGUGUGCAUGCUUGACAAUCAUUUUCUCAGGUUGGGAGGGCUACAGCUUUACCUUUGCCCAUCUGUGACAGCGCAAGUGUGUGUGUGUGGGUGUGUGUGAAAGGAGACUGAAUGGCUCUCUUGCAGCUGUAGCAUCUGCCUGUGAAUCCUCUUUUUCUGUAUUGAACCCUUGUUACAACAUGGUUGAAGACUGCUGAAGACAUUUGCUGAAUCCAUACACAGCACAGAACUACAUUGUACUGGCCAAAUGCUAAAGUUUGUGGGAAGGCUUGCACAAAAAUUCAGCUCGGGUUAAAUUUUCAGUUUUAUUUCACAGAUGGACGGGGGGAAAAAAGUUGUUUUUACUGAAGUUAACUCCCUUGUUCUGUCGUCAUGGAUUCAGCAGGUGUGUUUACGCAGUGCAUGUUUUCUUAAAAGUUGAAUUUUUAUUUUUUUCCGUAGAAUGUGAGAAAUAAGUCUUCCCUUAGAUGUCUCCAGAAAAAUACACUAACAUUUAUGAUGAGUAUUUCUUGAUGUCAGAAUGAACAAAAACUUGUUUGUCAAAGUAUUUAUUGCCAGGUGUCAGAUAGACAUAGGAGUGCUAUCAGUAACUGAACAGUCAUAGUUUGAAUUUAUCAGAAUAACUCUACCUACUGUGAAGUUAUCUGAUAAAUAAGUAUAGUGACUGGCAGCUCAGGCUCUCCCAUCUCUAGUGUUAUUUGUUCCGAAUUAGAACAUUUCUGAGGCUGCCCACCAUGCACCUCUGUUCUCUCAAAUGGGUUUAAAGAAACAAAUCAAAGUAUUUUUUUUUUUUUUUUUUUUUAAGUGUCCUUUUUUCUAGGAACUGAUUUGAAGCCAUGAUACAAUUUUGAAUAUUUGGUUUGAAACGUGCCACUUUUUUUUCUCUGCAUGGUGUUUUGAUUUGAAACCUAACUGCUCUUUUUUUUUUUUUUUUAAAGAAAAAGCAUCUCUACUGUUUUUCUUUUCUUCUGCCUAUGUACUACAAACCACAGUACAGAAUCCUAGAAUCUACAGUGUAAAUGUCAAUUCCUGUAGUAACUAGCAUGACUGUAACUUCUUUUAAUGAAUUUCAGUAAUGAGGUGACUAUUUGGCAGGUGACACAAAAAGAUGAAAUAGGCCACUUUUAGACAAAUUUGGGAGAAAAUAAAUAAGGUUGGUU